AUGAAUUUCUGCUACUUUUCAUAGCUUUGGCCUAAACAAUCCUUUUCAGCAGCUCAUGAAAGGACAUUUGGAAUAAUCGAACGUUUCAUCCAUAAUAAUAUCAAAACAUACUACAUCACUCCACAAGAUAAAAAAAAAGCUGAACAUAUACGCUAAUAUAUUGAUCUUAAAUGUCAUCAAGCUGAUCCAUCUAAUACAAGUAGAGUCAAUCAUGUUUUAAGUCGUAUCCAAUCUCCAUCUGUAAGUGUUUUUGAUACUCAUGUAUCAGAAUGCUUGUACAGUCAUUAUGUACAUUAAGUAUUCUAGAAUUGUGCUAAAGUGUUGGAUUUAUAAGACUUACAUAGUUUAAGAUUAAAGAGAGAAAACUUACUCACUUCCGAAUUGAUGAAUAAGGAAGUAUUGAAGGCAAAACCAGAAUUAGGAGAUGAACUCACUGAUAAAGAAAUGGCUGCAAUAAUAAGAAGUGAUCUUAUUAUUGCAUGUUCAGAUUAUGAAAUGGAAUUGAUAAAACAUUUAAAUAAAAAGGUUUAAUUGGUAACAUUCUUUUAUCCAACUACAAGACCUUUAGAUGAAGAGGAUAAAUAAGCAAUAGAACUUAAAUAAUAUCAUUAUAAAAGAAGACACUUUGUAUUUCUAGGUAAUAUGUCACAUAGACCUAAUUAUGAUGCAGUCAAAAGAUUAAAAGAUAAAAUCUGGCCAAUAAUUGUCAAAGCACUUCCAUAAGCACAAUUACAUAUUUAUGGUAGUAAUUUCCCAGCAGAAUUCAAAACAGAUGAAUAUAAUGGAUUUAUAUGCAAAGGUUUAAUGAAAGAGAUUGAUAUUUUGGGAAAGUAUAGAGUUAUGUUAGCACCUUUACGUUUUGGUGCUGGAGUAAAGGGGAAAAUCACAGAUGCUUGGAGAGAAAUGUUACCUGUUAUUACAACACCAAUUGGUGCUGAAGGUUUAUUCUUAGAAUCAAGUUAAGCAAUAAAGUAUGAAUGUGUUAAUCAAAUAUAAUCAAAAUUCUAUUCUGAUAUGGAACCUGAUCGUCUUACUCCAUAAAUUAGGAAAGAAAGUUUAGAGGAAGAAAACUUUAUGAAGGAAUACUAUACUUAUGAUAAUACUGAAGAAAUGGCUAAGAAAUUAACAUUUGGAGGUAGUUUUAAUAAUUGGACUGAUGAAUAAUUUGCUGAUGAAGCUAUUAAAAUGUAUUAAGAUGAAUAAUUAUGGUUUAAUGCUGUUGAUAAUUCAUAGAAGAUUUUAAAAAGACGAAUGGAUACAAUUGUAAAUGAAAAGUUAUUAAUGAAAGCUAUUUCAGAAACUUAAACUAAUUUAGCUUCCAUGAGAAGAUAGGAUAUUUUAUAAAAAUUAACUUGGAGUGAAACAUUAAGAUCCAAUUAUCAUUUUGCAAAAUAUCUUGAUGAAAAACGCAAAAAUUUAGAAUUAACAGGUAAAUUAAAGUAAAUAAAUUGA